AGAAGCUAGCCCGAGUGGGGUGAAUUAGAAACUAUUCAGUAAUCAUGAGAGCUGCAAAGCGAAGAGGACCUAGAAAUUUUGGAGUCUAAAUGAGCCAUGAUGUUGAUGUCGAGGUGUGACCCGUACAGGGUGUGGUCAUGGACUACACAGCUGACGGUUCUCAUCUUCAUCUUGGUCAUCGAGUGCCCGAGAGAUGCGUUCGGCUGGCAUAUGAGCUAUAUUCCAAAUUCACAUGUAACAGUAGAUGGUUUAAGUAGUUUAGAAGUGCAGACGUUUGAGGGUAACAUAACAUCACCAGAUCACUUCAAAUUAUUAUUAACGGAUGGAAAUUCAAUCAUAGUUGGUGCUAGGAACUAUCUUUAUAACAUAAGUUUAAUCACAUUAAAACAAAAUAAGCGAAUAGAAUGGUAUUCAAAAGCUAAAUCAAUACAGACAUGUCGGUUACGAAUGAAGACGACGCAGGAGUGUCAGAAUUACAUUCGAGUGGUCGCCAAAAUGUCGCAGAACUACAUCUAUGUGUGUGGCACGCACGCGUUUGAUCCGACGUGUCGAACAUAUCGAAGCCUUCCAGAUGACUCUGUGCCAGGGUAUUUAUAUGAAGAUGAAAGUGAAGAAAAGGGAACAGCCCGAUGUCCAUAUGAUCCCUCUCUAAAUAGUACAUCAUUAUAUACUGAUGGAACAUUAUACUCAGCCACAUAUGCGGACUUUUUGUCACGCGAUGCUCUCAUUUACACGGGAUCAAUACGAACAGAACAAUAUGAUUCAAAAUGGCUGAAUGAUCCAAAUUUUGUGAGUACGUAUGAAUACGGGGAGAAAAUAUACUACUUCUUCCGAGAGACAAGCGUGGAAUACAUCAACUGUGGGAAGGCAGUUUAUUCACGGGUUGCUCAGAUAUGUAAGAAAGACAACGGUGGGAGAAUGGUGUUACGGGACGUGUUUACGUCGUUUUUCAAGGCGCGGUUGAACUGCUCAAUAUCAGGAGAAUUUCCGUUUUAUUUUGAUGAAAUACAAUCAACAACCGAGAUUGGGAAUGGCAACCUCGGUGCGACAAACCAUAGUAUCUAUAGGAAUGAUAUGAUAUAUGGGGUCUUCAAUACACCUGAGAAUAGCAUAACAGGAUCUGCGAUAUGUGCAUACCGAUUUUCAGACAUUUUGAACAUUUUCUCUGGCAAUUUCAAAGAACAAAUGUCUGCCACAUCAGCAUGGCUUCCAGCAGAUUGGCCGUUCACGCGGUCACCACAUCCGGCAAAAACCUGUUCGAACGAUUCGAAACAGAUACCCGAUUUGAAUUUGAAUUUCGUCAAAUCGCAUGUCCUGAUGAAUGGUGCUGUGCAGGCCUUUGGAGGAAAACCUAUUCUCGUUCAGACGAGUUUCACGUCGCGGUUUACACAGAUAGCUGUAGACUGGCAGGUGCGAGCUGCCGACAGAAAUUACUAUGAUGUCAUGUUCAUUGGCACUGAUGAUGGCCGGGUACUCAAGGCAAUCAACAAGGGCCAGAACCGAACCAUUGACACCAUCAUCAUCGAAGAGACGCAAGUAUUCGAUGACAAGGCAGCCGUUUUGAAUCUACAGGUUUAUAGAAAUCGAUGGAAGGGACAAGAAAAACUCGUGGUGAUUUCGGGGAACCAGGUGCGGUCGAUUCCACUUCAUCGAUGUCAUGUGCAUAAAACGUGUACGUCUUGUGUAGCGACGCAGGAUCCUUACUGCUCAUGGUCAGACGCUUGUGUCAAUUCGUAUGAAGGGUUGCAGAGCGUUGCGACGGGCAAGAGCAAACACUGUAAGGAUCCACCGGUCAUCCCAGAGUGGACCACAAAAAAUUUAGAAACGACGACGAAGCCAGAGGAAGUGACAUGUCCCCCCUGCAAGUGUCCCCCCGUAGACGACAUUAAACCUCCUGACAUGCCCAAUGACAAUGAACUCCCAAGGGCUCACGUCCCACCUCCGUCUUCCAAAAAGAACAAAACGUUUACGCCGAACGUUAUUGAAAUGAUUUUGCCUGCGCAUGAGAUUGAGAAUCAUGGAGAACGCAAAGGUCCAGGUAUUGGAGAAAGCAUACAGGGCACAGAUGCCCAGUACUCGGCCACCACGCUGGCUAUUGCCUUGGCACUCUCCGUCGUUCUGGCAUUGGUGCUUGGAAUCAUCGUAGGAUAUCGUAUCGCAAUGUGUCGGCGAACACGAAGCAACACGACAUACUUGGACAAAUAUCAGAAAAGUGACCUUGAGCGAGAAACGCGCUUGAACCGCAAUGAAAAUUAUAUCACGUCACCUGCUCCACAAAAACAGUUAAACGUUGUUUUAAAUGUGAAACCUAAAAACAACAGCGCAGACAAUAAGGCGUUGCAUAAGGUGAAAAAGGUUUACGUAUAGCUCAUGGUCACGUGUUUGAGACUAUUUGUACAGAAUAUUGUAUAUUUGUAUAUAAUACAAAUGUGUAGAGAGUGAUUAUACCGACCUUGUGGAAUACUACUUAAUACUAAACUAAUCCCCAACACUGCUGGCUAAUCAACAACAUAAUCGGCACAGGUUAUUGUGCACCUAAUAAAUCUCACGUUUUGAGUACGGAGACUAGACUCCCUGGGGAGCGAUGGAUGCUCCGAAAACUUGUGUUUUUGCCAAGGUUCGUGUGACUGUUUUGCGUGCAGAAAGGUGGAAAUGACGCCAAAAUUUGUGCCGCAGAAUCGAUAAUGGCGUCAUUUGAAAGCGAGGCUAAGGAGGAGGAAUGCUGAUUGAUUCUUGGUGCAAGCAUGGACUUGCCAUUUGGGUAAGAACAGGAUUAUACCAUCGGACGCAUCAGAUAUUUCGUCAUGUUUUUGCAUGUUUGAAUAAUCCUACAAGUGGCAUUGAAAUGAAUGCACUUAUACAGUCUAUAGAACAUGUAGAAUGACACUAGUUCUCACUUUCAAGGUCAGACCAAGUUGAGGAGUGGGUCUGAAGACUCCAGAGGCGCAAGAUGGUGUUGAGACUUAAACAGGAAUUCGUUAAUUCUCAUUGCCUAACACCUGGUGGGAGAGAACGGUACCAGAUUCAUGUCAUUGUCACGCCAUACCGUCGCCAAACUCGCAUAUGUCACUUUUCUCGCUCCAAAAAGACAAUGAUAUAAGUUAUUGCAUUGACAGACAUUCCGGACGAUAUGUGUGUAUAUAACCUGUAUUGUUCAUGGUGUAACAUUGUGCUGGGUCACCUAUCGAUUCUUGUGUUCAAUAUGUUGAGAUGUUAAGAUAUGUGAUUAACCUGUCUUUGACUUACAUUGUAACUUAUGAGAAAAACCCAUUACUUCUCCUUUGAAGUAACCAUUCGUUUUGCUUUGAAGUAAUUGGUUUUGCCCGAGGUUACUUCUGCUUUGAAGUAAUGGGUUUUGGUUACUUCUGCUUUGAAAGUAACCAUUCCUUCUGCUUUAUAGUAAUGGGUUUCGGCUACUUCUAAUUUGAAGUAAUGGGCUUUGGCUUAUGAGAAAAUAAUUACUUCUUCUUUGAAGUGGUGGGUUUUGGCUUAUAAAGGAAUAGGAUGUUGAUAUAACUGUUGGUAUCUUUGCACCAUCUUCUCUCCAUUGGUCAUUCUUUUCACAUAAGUUACCUCUGACUCUGCAUGUCUUUAUAUGGGAAUAGAUUUUUUGGGAAAAUUUCAAAUAUGGGGUGGUUUUUUUGCCUGGAAUUUGAGAUGAUGUGGGUUUCUUUCAAUCUAUCGUGAUGUGCUGAAGUGUGCAUGCUGAAUAUAGAGGGAGCUUGCUUUGCUGUCCUCUACUUCAGAAAAGUAUCUUUGAACCACUUGACGUUAAACAUGUAAUAUUCUGUAAGGCGGGCAGGGAUUUUAAAACAAAAUCUUGAGACUUGAAGUUAUCAAAUUUGCAAUGUGGGCUUAUUAGAGGAUUCAGUUUAAAGAUUCUUUGUGAUUGGCCUCAUCAAGUCGAUUAACUGUAUAGAUAGGUGAACCAAACUUUUGAUAAAGCUUUUCAAAUCAUGUUAAAGCUGGCUCAGACCGCUCAAGUUAUUUCUGAUUGUUCAAGAAAAAAACUGCCCCAUCGACAGGUUGUGUAUUGUAAUAUUUGUAAAUCUUUUUGUAAUUUUUAUAGCCAGUUACCCAGCUACUUCUCAACUCAUCUUCUAGUAAAAAGUCGACCUUGUUGAAUUGCCCUUUUGUCAUUUAUAAUAGCUGACCUCGUACACAGUUGAAAAGGACCAGGGGCACAGGGUUGAUGUCUUAUAUUCAUCUUCAGUCUUUUUCAAUCAAAUCUUCUCGAAACCAAAAUACAUAGGCACUUUAUUUACAUAUAAGCUGCUGUACGGAAUGCCUCACAGCAUUCAUGACUUUCUUUAAUGUUCGUACGACUGCAGAUGACAUGAAAUAGCUGUUUAAUUGAGAUUUUUCUUGAAAAUUGAUUCAGAGGAAUAGUGUCGAUUGCUCUUGAUUUGUUUCCGAUUGUUCCCAUGGCUACAAGAUAUGUGCUAAUGGUUUGCCAACGGUAGAUCUGGAUCUUUUUUAUGUGAAAGUAGCUGUCUAGUACAGUUGGGAACAAACGAGACGGAGUCGUUUUCUUCAUUAUUGAUUUUCAAGGUCGUAUUCUGUCUCUUUCAAGGUCAAAGUUUUGGGUCUGUGUCUAAUCUUUUCAACAUUUUUAGGAUGGGUUCAAUUUUCGGAAAAAUUUUCAGGAUGCAUCAUGUAAAUGCUCGCGAAUCAUCCUUUGACAAUUUCGCAUAAUCUGAUCUAUGCAAAUUGAUUGAUAUUCAAAUGAUUAAGUCAUUAUUACAUUGGUGACUUUCGUUAUUCUUUUCUCCUUUUCAAGUAUUGAUCCCAGGUCGCUAAAUUUAUGAAAGUCUGAUUGAUUAAAAUUUACGUGGUUUAGAGUUCUGGAAUGUGAAUUAAGCUGCGGUGGUCCCGAGCCUGUCUUUUACCAUUGCAGGCAAAAUUUCUCGUACUUCUGAAAGAGAUAGAUGUUGAAGAUCCAUAGAGGUUGAAAGUGAUAGACAACUUUAUCGAAAGCGAUGUGCUUGUACUUAAGCUCACCUGUACAUUUGUCUGUUGAGUCUUUUAAAUUCUUUUGCAUUGUCUAAUGCGCCGGUAAUGAGUUAUCAAUUUAUACGGUAAUGUGUAUGUAUGUUUGUAAAUUCUGUACAGAUCGAUUUCAGUUACUUUUGGAGGUCAUUAGAAUGGUGCUUCCAGUUAAUAUUUUUGUGGGUUUUCAACUAGUUUACCUAAUGUUGGUAUCCAUGUUGACCCUUUGACUGGCAGUUGCUGUUUUUUCCACUUAAUAAUAUUUGGCAGCUGGGAAGGGUCAUUGUAAUGCUAGAAUUUUGAUUGCGCCACAGUGUGGCUAUUUUAUGUUUUGUAUUAUGCAAAUGAUUAAGUUGAUUUCAUCUUAGUUGGCCAAGUCAUCUGUAUAUCUAUUGGUAAGCGUGUACAUGAAUGUACAGGUGAGUUGUGAAACAAGCCAGGGUGAAAUCCACUUGAUAUUUGCAAUCGUCAUUGCAGAAUGUUUUAGUCUGCUUCUUUUCCAAUGAUCAUACCAAAUAAAAAAAGCGAGGGAAUAUUUUUGGAAAAUGAUUUGAUGAGGAAUGUGAGUUCAAGAUGCUAGGCAUUGAGAAAACGGGUUUCUUGGUUCUCCUUUCGAAGUGGGUCUUCAGGUUAAUAGGGUGUUUGGCAGGUGCGUAUGAUUUGCUGUACGACAUAUCAGUAGCGAUUUCACGUAUCCCCAUUACAUCAUACGUAAACUCGUUCAAGUAUGUUGUGGAGGAAAAAUAAUUUUGAUCUGCUAAAUCUUGCUAGUGUCGAAAUUGACUUGACAUAAUCAUGGGAAGUUCAUUUAUUCAUUAACCCUUAUUUUACUGAGGUUACAAAUUAAUUGAGAUUUUCAUUUCAGAUAUUUUAGACAAAAGUAUCAGCUGAUAGAUAUAAACUAUUGUAGGGUCAAAUGUUUUUUUUCUCUGUGAUCAAAUCCUUUGUCCUCAGUUUGAAAGGGUUAAAUAUAAUCAUGUUCCAUUGUAUUUAUUCCAUAUCACAGGUGCCCACUGAACAUUUCAACGCCAGCUUGGUCAUCAUGAACAAAUGGUCUGUUUUCGUAUGCGCACAAAUGCUAAUUAAUUAUUAUUAUUCAACUAUUUUGUAAGAAAAGUGAACUGAAUGAUGUCUGUCCUUAUAAGAAAAUCUUGGAACCAUAUUAGAAAGUUGUUUUGUCCCCGUAAGUGGGCACCUCGUUGGAGCUUUUGUCUUUGCAUGCACUGGAAUUAUAUCUGUCCAUGUUGGUAUAUCACAGACUGUGCAGAUGAUGUCUUAAAGGUCCACCAGUUUGCUCCUUGAAUUGAAUAUAGUGGGCCUUUAAGAGAGGUUGUUUACCCAGGUUUGAGUAUAUGUGUCAUGGUUUUCACUCCAAAGUUAAUCAGAUAUAUAAUUACAUUCAAACGAAUGUUCAGUUCUGAUAACGUCGGAAGAAAAUCGCAACAUUUUCUACCUGGCCGAUGGAUUGACUGUAUGAUAAAUACUCCUUAACAACAUGGCUCACUUAAAUUUACUGUGAGGUUAUGUUUUUGCUCACUAUUUUGCAGUUUGCCUUUAAAGACUGGUUGCAUUUCAUUUCAGUGAAUAUAAGUGUUUUGUUUGCUUUUGAAAUUUUUUUUUGAUGAGUGCAUUUCAACAGAAGAAUUUUCAGUUUGAACACGGUUAUUUCAAGACCUUUCAAAAGUUUAAAGUGAUCACCCUUUGCAACAAGAAAGGACUUUCGGGUUAUUUUCAAACACAAUCAGGUGUCAAAGAAUGUAAUUGUUUGGAUUUUUUUCACAUGAACACCAUUAAGUCUUUUGACUUUAGUGUGUCAGCAUCCUACUUAACUUAGGAUCCAAAAAUUAUAUUUCUGUAAUUACCCUGUUUAAGUCAGAACUUCAAUAUAACUAUCCAACCCUAAUCUCAUUUUCUGAUUGCACAUAGUGUUCCUCUUACCCCAUCUAGACCUGCAUCUCUUAUCUAAGGUGUCCACGAAUACUUUGGCUACUUGGUAUCCACUGUACUAGGUGUCAAAAUGAACAUGAUACACUUAAAAAUUGAAUCUAUCAAAUCUAUGUUUCAGAUCCUGAUCAAAUUCUAGUGUUAUGUUGCUGAGACUUGUCCAUUUUAUGUGAUGUAAGUCUGAGCAAGUAGAAUGAGUGAUCGACUCUUGAAAAAUGUCUUUUUUUGCCUGGAUACAGUGUUGCUUGGCUGACUGCCAAGACCAUAGGCAACCUCAAAAUCUGCCACUUUCAACUUGUCUGCCUUCAAUGUCUAUUUAACUUCAAAAGUGAGUUGUGUUUAUUUUGACACCUAAUAUUUGUUGGUUUAAAGCAACACCAGGAGACAGAGGAAUCCUAGUCUGUAGCCUUUUAUAACCUUUGUUGUCCUGCACACAUCCAUUUUCUAUAGGGCGACUCGGCUUAUUUGUCUGUGUAACCUUGUCUCCAGGGACUUAACUCUGUCAGUAAAUGUAUUUGAAGUAUAGCCAUUAAACUUCCUGUUGGUGAGGUAACACAGUUUGAUAAUCUGGGUUGUCCUUCCACAUGCACAUAUUUCUGACUAAGGGCCUAAGCCUUGUAUAGAAUUUGUAGUGAUCUGUAGGAUGUUUUUUUUUUGGUGACAAUGCUGGUUGAAAUGCACCAGUCUUUCCCAACGCACAAGUUUACCAUUGAACUGUUCUGUAUAUGAACAUAGUAGCCAUCUGAACUGUUCAUGUAUAUGAAUGCACUAGCCGUCAAAACUGUUCAUGUAUACGUAAGGUAAGGUGGUACUGUUAUAUCCUCUGCAUUGGUGUGUACAAUCAGCUGUUUUCUACACUGUUGGGGCUAUGAUUGUACCCCUUUACCGUACCAUGUACCACCGUCACAUAAUCAGCUACAGUUACUGUAUGAAGCAAAGGUUGUGGUGGGUGACACCCCAGACACCCUCAGAGGACCGACGCCAUUCAUUUUCUUGUGGCUCAGGUGAAUAGAAAAUAAACAGUGCAGAUUUUAUGCAUGCAAAUUUGCUAAAACUUGGCAUUAAUAGUAUUUGUGUAUCAGUCUGCACGAUGGUAUUUUUAAUAUUUAUGUUCAGUACUAAUUUACACAAUCAAAAAUUUUCAAAUUCUAAUUCAAUUUUCAAAUUUUCAAAUAUUUUAACCAGUGGAGUAGGCCUUUAAGGACUGAUACAGUUCCUUGAACAUAAAACACUUGAAUUGAAUCCUCCUCCUUUGCUUCAUCAGAAUAUCUUCUCUCAAAAUAAAUCAUAACUUAUUGUUCCAAAGUGUACAAAUUCACUUUAUUUCUUUUAAGAAGUCUGAUAUGCAUAUAUCAAUAUCAUGUCUAUCUUUUGUAUAUGAACAAAGUCAGAUCUUUCAAUAAAAUCUGAGAUCAUCUUUAUUUUGGCAGUUCUCGCCAUGAUACCUGCUCAGUAUGCGUACCAAUCUAACGUCUGCUGAGGCUGUUUGAUGACAUUCUGAGCCUGUAUUCUUGGCAGAAUAAUGCACUAUUUAGAAUAAUGACCAGGUCUAAUUCAUGAUAGUAUAAUGAUAAUAACUGAUACAAUGAUGAGUGUGGGUUAAUUUUGUUAAGCGGUGUAAAUAUUUACAAGCAGACAAAUCAGGGACAGAAAGUUUGUUAAUGUACUAGAUGAGAGAGACCCCUAUUGCCAUCUUCGUGUAACAUAAUCUGACCUACCUGGCUCCUGGCUAUAGAGUCCCUUUAAGAACACCAACACGUCUGCUCAUUGCCAAGAUAACACACUCAUCACUGUCAUCUGAUAUAAAUAUAACAACUUGGGUUUCAAUUUAGGACGAUCGUAACCCCUCUAACUGGCUGCAGAAUGUCCAGUCAACUCUCGACAUAUAACUGCUGAUACCAAUACUUCUGUAAUGUAACAAUAACUGGGCAAGUUCAUUCCAAAAAGUGUGUUUUCCAAAGUGUCCUUGUUUGUUGUGGCAGUUUUGUUCUCUGACUUUGUGUCUGGAGGUAAAUUUUUGUUCAAUUCUGUACAUUUUGCAGGAGAUGCCCCGCAAUUGUCUUAAAAGUUGAGUUUAGAUUCCGUUAUUUUUACUGUAGAGAAAUAAGUUUUCCCAAAAAUGGGUCAGUUUAUGGGGUAUGGGGACAAAUAGUAGGGACCCAAGUUCACUAUGACUGCUAAAGUUACUAAAAAUGUGGCAUUGGAUGACUUGAAUUUGGGGACAUCACCAGAAGGUGAAAAAUUAUUGGGUCAAAAUCUACAGUAUUCUUAAUAGAUUUAUUUAUAAAUAAAUAUUUGAUUUGAUUAAAACUUAUGUACAGUUAAUCUGAAGCGUGCAAUAAAAUGUGUAUUUUUAUUGCCUUUCAGACACGUCUAGAUCUGAAUGUCAUCAGAAUCUUUAAGUUAUGGAUGUGGCCAAGGUUUCGUCUUGGCUACAUGGCUACAUUUAAAGAUGCUGUGACCAAUUGUUCCGUCUUUUUCUUUCUGUCCAAACCAUUGUACAGUAACUGUAUCUGUGUAUAACAACUGUAGAUGCUUUGUGUAUCUCGUUAGUAGCUGGGAUAAAUGACUUAUGAUUUAUAACAGA